UCUGUUCCUUAAGACUUUUCCCGCGCUGUUCUCUGUAAACCAACACACAGCUGUCAGCUUGUAGAAAGCUAACGUCUCGGUGAUAUUUUAACACGACGUUGCCUCGGUACCGGAGUUGUAUGUCAUAAUGCCGUCCUCAGACUACGACCCGGCGUCUCUACCCGACUUAUUACCGCUGUACUACCGCCGGCUGUUCCCCUUCUCACAGUAUUACCGCUGGCUCAACUAUGGAGGAGUGCAGAAGAACUACUUUCAGAAUCGAGAGUUUUCCUUCACGCUCAAAGACGACAUCUACGUCCGCUACCAGUCGUUCACCACCCAGAAUGAGCUGGAGAAGGAAAUGCAGAAGAUGAACCCCUACAAGAUUGACAUCGGAGCAAUAUACAGUCACAGGCCGAAUCAACACAACACUGUGAAGUCAGGGACCUUCCAGGCUCUGGAGAAGGAGCUGGUGUUUGAUAUUGAUAUGACAGAUUAUGAUGAUGUCCGAAGCUGCUGCAGCGCUGCAGACAUUUGCUGCAAGUGCUGGACUUUGAUGACCAUCGCUAUUCGUAUCCUGGAUCGAGCUCUUCGAGAGGACUUUGGUUUCCAGCACCUACUGUGGGUUUAUUCUGGCAGAAGAGGAGUGCAUUGUUGGGUGUGUGAUGAAGCAGCCAGGAAGCUCUCUGUAGCAGCUCGCUCUGCUGUGGCAGAAUAUCUCAGCCUGAUCAAGGGUGGUGAAGAGACGGUGAAAAAAGUAGUGCUGACGGAUCCAAUUCACCCUUUCAUCAGAGAGUCUUUAGCAGUGGUGGAGCGCUACUUUCCCAGAUAUGCACUACAGGAGCAGGACAUACUCGGCCGCAAGGAGUCUGUAGACAAAGUGUUGUCGCUCGUCCCUGAAGAUGUAAGGAAAGAGCUACAGCAGGAUUUCCAAAAUGAGAAGAAGCCAGAGAGUCGUUGGAAGCUGGUCAGGGACCAAGCCACUAAGAAGCAGGCUACUGCCAAAAAGGGCCAGUACUUUGAAAAAGAAAUCAUGCUGCAGUAUUGUUACCCGCGGCUCGACGUGAACGUCAGUAAAGGCGUGAACCAUCUGCUGAAGAGUCCUUUCAGCGUCCAUCCCAAAACAGGACGCAUCUCUGUUCCCAUUAACCUCAAAGAAUUAGAUGUGUUUGAUCCUUUUGCUGUACCCACAAUCAGCCUGAUCUGUGAGGAGUUGGAUCGUCCCAGGGCGGGCGAAGAUGAAGAGAAAUCGGAGGAAUCUAAGGACAAGGAAAAUGAGAAGGAUGCAGCAGAGAGGCGGAAGAUUAGAGAUUACAAGCGGACUACCUUGGCAAAGUAUGUGAAAUACUUUGAUCAGUUUCUCGAUGCGAUGGCUCGUUCAUGGAAAGGAGAACUUCUCAGAAAGAGUGAUCUUCAGAAAGAAUUCUGAACUGGACCACCAAUCAGAAAAUGACACCUAAAGAGAGACUGCUUACAGCUUUUUGUUACUUCUUGGGCUGGUGAUGCAGACUUGGGCUUCAUUUUAUGGUGUAAGGGUGACAUUUUUCUGAUGGACAAUAAUUUCAUCCAAAUCUGUUUAUUAUUAUUCUCCUAUUUGGCAGUAAUUUCAUACUAAAAUGCCAGUUUUCUAUUGUUUUUCUACCUGUUGCCCUACUAUCUGCUGUUGUACAGGCAUUUGUGAAAAUAAAUUUGCUAUCUUGUAAAAA